AUGGACGGGGCAAGUUCUUUAAAUGGGCCAGAAUCGCUUCGAUCGUUGAGAUCAGGGACGAAAUCUAUAUCCAGCGAUGGAGUGUCGCCUCAUGUGCCAUGUGUGUUGCAUCACGAUGAGCUUUCGGGAGAUAUAAGUAGUGCGGCUGUAUCAGAGGAGGGCCAAGAACCAGGGCAAGAAAGAGGAGAGAGGGUCGAGAGAGUGGAGACUUUGGGUAAGAUGUUGACGAACAUCAGUACUACAUUCCGGGAUAAGUCGAAAAUAGUGCCAAGGUCGGAACGUCGGGGUCUUUUUGCGAACUUGGCGUUGGUCCCGGAGUAUACAGAUGCGAGGGAAUACCCUCUGGGACUAAAGAUGUUUAUCGUUGUUGUUAUUGCAUACAGUGCUAUCAUGGGACCGAUGGGUACGUCGAUUGUUUUCCCGGCUAUUGGGCCGUUGGUGGCUGAUUUUAACACGUCCACGAUCAUGGUUGACGUUUCUGUGGGUAUCUAUUUGCUAAGUCUUGGCAUAUUUCCGAUAUGGUGGUCAUCACUCUCGGAGUUGAAAGGUAGAAGGACAGUUUAUGUGAUUUCGUUCAGCUUGAUGGUCGGGUUUACCAUCGGAAGUGCGCUAUCGCCCAAUAUCUCUGCAUUCAUUGUGUUUAGGAUGCUACAAGGUGCGUCUAGUGCUAGCGUGCAGAGCGUUGGAGCCGGGACAAUUUCAGAUCUCUUCAUACCGGAGGAAAGAGGGAAAAAUUUGGGUUAUUAUUAUUUAGGAACGUUAAUGGCUCCGUUGUUGUCUCCUAUUAUAGGUGCGUUGUUAGUUAACAGGUGGUCCUGGAGAUCGACACAAUGGUUCAUGGUGAUUCUUGCUGGAGUUAACGUACUAUUGGUUACUUUACUCUUGCCGGAAACAUUGAGAAAGCAAGACAAUUCGGCAGCUAUUGCCAUGAUUCUUGCCGAGAGAAGGAUGAAACAAACGAACGGAACGGUCACCGAAGAACCCCAGGCAGCAGCAGCAGCAACAACAACAACAACUGAAAACGACUCGGGUCCAGCCGCAAACGAUGAGAAGGAAAAGGAAAGGGAAAAGCAGCAGUUUGCAACAGAACUUCAGAGAUAUAAAUCGCAUACCAGUACUAUAGCCACGAUCCCCAAUAAAAAUGAAGAUGUCUACGACACUCAUCUUCCACAGCUUUCUAAGAUUAGAACUCAUGACGCAAGACUCGAGGAAGAAACUUAUCAAAACGAUUUAAGAAGAGCGCAAACUCAGUUGAUGGAAGAAAUAGAAAAGAUUGAAUCAUCUAAGCAUCCAAAAACUGAACUGUGGAAAGAGGAAAUGUACAUCUAUUUCAUUAAGCCUUUAAAAUCGUUGCAUUUCCUCAAAUAUCCGCCGGUCACCUUAGCUAUCAUUUUCAGCGCCAUAUCGUUCGCUAUUUUGUACGUUGUUAACAUGACGAUCGAAUACUGCUACUCGCGACCCCCAUACAACUUCAAACCACUCUACAUCGGUUUACUCUAUAUCCCAAACUCAGUUACCUAUAUUAUUGCAUCCAUAUACGGUGGUAGAUGGGUCGAUAACCUCUUGAUAAGAUAUAAAGAAAAGCACGGCGUAAUUGCCCCAGAGGCUCGUAUCGGAUGGAACGUCGUCGUCGCUGUCGUAACAUUCCCAAUCGGUUUACUUAUAUUUGGUUGGUGUCUAGACAAGCACGAGCACUGGGUCACGCCGCUAAUAGGCACCGCUAUCUUCGGUUUCGCCUCAAUGAUGACUAUAGGUACAACCGUCUCUUAUUUGGUCGACUCUUUGCCCGGCAGAGGUGCGACGGGCGUCGCUUUAAACAAUUUAAUUAGAAUGAUUUUGGCUGCAGUAUCCGUGUUCAUCACUACCCCAAUGUUAAAGGGAAUGGGCGUUGGAUGGACUUUUACAAUGCUUGCGCUGAUUGUCGUCGCCAGCAGUUCCGUGCUUGUGCUAUUAAAGCGGAACGGUGAUUAUUUUCGUGAGCAUUACGACUUACAAGAUUUCUAUGCUAAGCUUGAAUAA